AUGGCUGUCACUGCAGAAGCUGCUGACACCACUCAAGGUCUUCUCAACAUCAACAUCAUGAAUAUUACCAAGCUCACCUCUACGAACUACAUGACCUGGAGUCUACAAGUCCAUUCCCUUCUUGAUGGAUACGAGCUCGUUGGAUAUGUUGACGGAUCCUAUGUUCCACCAGAUCAGAUGCUCACCAAUACCGACCCACCAACAAAUCCGGCGUACAAGAUGUGGAAAAGACAAGAUAAACUCAUCUACAGUGGUCUUCUUGGUACUCUUUCUCCAACUUUGCAACCGCUUGUGUCCAAAACCAAAUCCUCUUCAGAAAUAUGGAAAACGAUCUCCACAACCUAUGCAAAUCCCAUCUGGGGACAUAUUCAGCAACUCCGCACUCUUACCACUCGAUUCGAUCAGUUGUCUCUUCUUGGCAAACCUCUUGCGCAUGAAGAACAACUUGAGUUCAUCUUUGGUGGUCUCCCUGAAGACUUCAAAUCUGUUAUUGACCAAGUGGAAGGUCGCAAGACACCACCAUCUUUUCUUGAAGUUCAUGAAAAGCUCAUCAACAAGGAAGCCAAGCUCAUGGCCGUCGCCCACUUUAACACAACUACGGAACCAACCUCUGCUCAUGUUGCCACUACUCGUCCUGGCAAUCCUGGAAAACAGUUUCCUCGCCAAUAG